CUCUGCUUUAUGGCGAGCUACUUUGGUGUUCAUCAUUUUCCAGGCCCGGAGAAAAACACCUCCCGCUAAAGACUCUGCUGAAGAAAACAACCCUACAGCUCAAAUUGCAUCUUCUUCUUAUUUUGAACGCAUUUUGAUUUCAUCAGAGGAGAAACUAGUGAAAAUUCAUCCUCUCCUGUUUUUAUUUUUAAUGCCAAGCUCCUACAUUUGUCAUUUUUCAAUUGCAUGGAGCUAGAUUAAAAGAAGGAGGAAAAGCUAGGUGAUGAAAUAUGAAGAAAUCAUAAUUAAAAAUCAGUAAGUUUUCAUUUUUUUUUCUUCCUAAAGGAGAUUUCGGGGGAUCCCAUGCAGUGCUGGAGAGGCGUGCGGGGCCGCUGCCCUGAUGCACACCUGGUUUAGCGGCUCGGUGCAGAAGAAGCUGCCGGGCUGAGGCUCCAGGUGCUGCCACAGCAGAUGCUCUUUGGCAGCCAUCGGCGAGACAUCUGCACCAACACGGGGAGGAACCUACCGGGGUGAAGCCAGCCCUACCACCAAGAGGUGGCCGUGCGUGGAAAGGGGGAGCUGGCACAAAACGCCUCCGUCGGUGACUCCACCGCCAUGGCCCGGCUGUGGCUCCAUCUCUGCAUCUGCCUCCAGAUCCCAGGUUUCUGUACAAAUCUACUUUUAUCCCAGAUUCCAGGGCAUAUUUUAGCCCAAACUAACAAUAAAACAGAAAUCAUCUGUGAGCUGAAGAAGGAGCACGUUGGGGUGUACUGGUACCGCUGGAGUCAGGAAAGGCAGAAUUUUGAGUUCUUGGUAUUUUUCAACCUGUUGGGCAAAGCCACGUAUGGCACAAACAUCAGCCAGGACAAGUUUAGUGUCCAGAGUGCGAGUUCCCGCACGUCCUACAGCCUGCACAUCAGCCACCUCCAUGCCUCGGACAACGGCACCUAUUACUGCUCCAUCUCCCAGUCCUCCCAGCUCCUCCUGGGCAGUGGGACACGGCUCGGUGUGGUUGAUGUUUUGCCUCUGCCUCCGAAGACCACUCAGGCACCACUCUCUCAAAAGCCUGUGCGGUGCGUAACCAAAAGCAAAGCUGCCGUCAGGAAAGGUGCCUGCAGCCCCCUGGUCUGGGUCCCCCUGGCCGCCAGCAUCCUGGUCCUCCUGCUGAGCCUGGUCCCCACCACCUACCGCCUCCACCGUCUACGGCGGAGGCUGUGGCUUCGUAUCCACCGGCAGUAAAUCCCACCGGCUCUCCUCGCCUCAGGCUGGCAGGGAGAAGCUACAGGCUCUCCCCUGCACGGUGCUGAGCUCUGCCUGGAUGUGACCGAAGAAGGAUGUUAUAGGGGGCAGACAUGGCCUUGCACUGCAAGACAGAUAUUUCUUCCCUGCGACAGACCACGACUUUAACAUUUUUCCUUGACACAACAGCUGGUAACUGGACCAGGCCGGAUCCUGCAGCACGCUGAGCAUUUCUGAAAGGGCACUGAGCGGGGUGAACGCCGUGACUGGCUCUGCACCAGGGCUGAUGUACUGAGGGGAUCCAGAUGGGCUGGAAAGAUGCUCUGAGAGCUUCUUGGGUCUCCUCUCUGUUUGCCCAUGGGACAUCACGAAGAUUUCGUUCGCUCCUGCUAACACUGGUUGAUAAGACUUUGCUAACACUCUGAGAGCAACCAGCAGACAGCAGGGGCAGGUCACUGCACGGCUUGUAAAGGCCCCGUACAGGCACAUUCAUUAGAAAUAGCAAAUAUAUCAC